AUGUUACUUAACUAUAUUGAUGGUCAAGCGCUUUCGCGCGAUGCUACCUGCAGUCAGACUUUCAGCGGAAAAGAAAGUGGUCAAGUGCUCAGCCCAGGAUAUCCACAAGAGUAUAAAUCAUCGGAAUUCUGCAAUUAUGCUAUCCAACUUCCGUCCAACAGUCAAGUCAACCUAACAUUCACCGAAGUUGACUUGGAGAAAUGGAAUACUUCUCUGGUCGACUUCAUUGUGUUAUUCGACGGUGUCGACUGCAUGUCCAAGAGAAUCGCCGCCGUGGUGAAUAUCAGCACCCCAACCUACAUUUCCAGUAGCAAUAGCAUGGUCGCGCUCUUCACCUCAGAUAUCAACGCUCAAUUUGGCCCAUUUGCCGCCAAAUUUACAGCAGCUCCAACAAAACCGGUUCCGCCUUUUCCGGAAAAUAAAAUAUUGAUACAAUGUGGGGAAGACAUAAAAGGAAACUCUGGAAAUCUGUCGUAUCAAGGAGAAGAAGGACGUAACUAUCUAUGCAUCUGGAAGAUAUCGGUCGAUUCUGGCAAAACGAUUGCUUUCAACCUAACGGAUUUAUAUAUAAGCUACCCAGGGAACUGGUUACGUCUUUUGGAUGGAAGCGAUUGUGGUGCACCAGUUGUCCAUUUCGUAUACGGCGAUUCAGGAAACCGCCUCGUUUUACUGAAUUCUACAUCAAAUACAAUGAUGGUCAUAUAUGCUGCAUUAAGUGGGGACCCAGAAGAUUUGUUUGAGGCCAGUUAUUGCAGCGUGUCUGCGCCCUCUGACACUACAUCGAAAGACUGCCCCAUGGUAGAUGACGCUGCUGGUUUUACUAAGCUGAUUUUCACCCAAACUUUCAAUUUAGGUUGGGCCGUCACUUUUAUCCACUGCAAUCGUGAAGAGAUUUCUACCAACUUUAUUGAUGUUAUCUCAGAAAUGAGAGGGGUUCCUUCAGUUCCAUUACCAAGUUAA